AUGAAGACAUCGGGCAUAGUCGCGGCUGCAGCCAUUCUGCUUCAGAGCCAGCAGGUUCAAGCUUUCCCUGGAACUGGCCUCAUCGCGCGACAGAAGGCCAAUAUCCUCCUGUCCUUCCUCGAACUCUUUUCGACAUUCUUUCCCAAGGCGGAAACGGCAUGGGACAUUAAAAAGCACCCGCAAAUGUGCAAGGUCUACAUGGAGACCCGAGACGGAGGGAAUUGCAAGGCCAAAGUUACAUGCGAUGACGGAGAGAAAGAAUACAACCCUGGCGGCGCAGGCUGGAACGCGUGCUUUGUCGGUGGUCGUCAGUACUUCACUGACCCUCGAAUUGGCGACUUCAGCAUCACUUUCAAGGAGAAGAAUGGCGCAGGCCAAGGCGAAGGCCUCACAACCCCUAGCCUCCAGCUCAAAUAUGUUGGUGACUGGAGGGAGUUUCCGGUCAAUGAGCUAGCAGAAGCUUAUAGCAAGCACAACGACUGUGAUGAAAACGGCGCCAGCCCCUUCAGAGAAUGUGGUGAUGGGCCAUAUGUCUGCACCUACGGCGACUACCCGGCCAUGGGAAUCGAGACGGGCAUUUCCAGCGCACGCACAAAGAAGUACAUAUGCGGUGUGCCAAAGAUCGGCAAGGGCGGCGGCGGUAUCGACUCCAACGCCCCGACCAACGACAAGGGCUUCGCUCCCGGCCAGUGCGGCGUGCACGUCAAGCAGUACCAGAAGCCCGAUGCGUCCAAGGACAGCUACUCGCUUGAGGUAUAUGUCAACGACGCCAACGAGAACAAGAUUGGUGAGGUUGGCAAGUCCGGGCCGAAUGUCAGCUUGGCGAGCAAGUUGCCCUUGACCUUGGAGGUUAAGACUGGCGGCAUCGAUAAGGAUCCUGUGAGCUUCGCUUAUGGAGGAGAUUCCUGGACUUCCGACGACAAGAGGUGCAAGGUUGGGAGUUAUGAUAGUGGAGCCAGGCAGAUGGAUUGUGGUUUCACUUGUUAG